AUGUUAACUUUUGUAAAUUUAUGUUCACCACAUAAAAGAUUACGUAAAUGUACUGCCAAUUAUGUAAUCAAUAAUAAUCAUAAUCAUAAUAAUAAUAAUAAUAAUAAUAAUAAUAAUCAAUAUAUUAAUGUUCAACCAAUUUCAAAAGAAAAAUUAAAAAAAUUUUUUUAUCGAUUAGAUCAAUUUCCAUUUAUUGAUGAAAUGUAUCAUAAUGAUGAAUAUCAAAAUAUGUAUGCAUCAUUUGAUAAAUUUAGUAUCAAUUAUAUGGAUAAUGAAAAGGAAUUUAUCAAAAAUCAAUCAUUUACACGUAGAACUUCUGGUAAAUUAUGUGGUUGUUUUACAACAAGAUAA